AUGCCUGAUUCGAUGGAGACAUCUCAAGAGGAGACACGAGAGGAAGUGUUCCACUUUGCGCGCUUGGAAAUGGAAUCGGCUAAUCGCCGUUCUAUACUCUACGACCUUGUGGAAUACCCUUAUAGGCCGUGCGCUGUCCCUGCUGUGGCGAAAGGCUGGGCUUGUGGCACAAUGGCCGCAGGCCCUGGCUCGAGCUUUGACUUGUACCGCAAUCUCGCAAACUCGCUCUACUCAUGGCUCCAACGCCAGUGGCUCAACCCUUACCGGACCAACAUCGAAUUUGAGCGAUUCAUUGCCAAGACAAUCUAUCCGCAAUGCGUCAACUGGGACACCGAUAUAACUGAGCUGGCUGAAAUACUUGUGUCGAUGCACGAAACGAUUUGUUCGCAAGUUCCCAUUGUAUCGGCGAAAGCUGUCAAAAAUGAGGCUUUUUAUUAUCGAGACAUUGUCUAUUGCCACCCAGAGGUUCACAUAGUCCAGCCGAUUUUCCGUGCCAUGUUAAUCAUUUUGCCGUCUGACAAUUUCAACGUGGCAAGCAUGGAUCGCGAGGAACUCGGUUCAACCCCUGUCUAUCUGGUGCUCACCAACUGCACCAUGGGUCUCAGUGCUCCAAUUCCCUUUGAGCCCAUAUUGGACAAGGUUGAGCGCACCUUGUCCGACCGCGUUGUGCAAGUCACUCUCAAGGACGCGAUUACAUUCGUUAAAGACCUUGAGGACCGUGAAAAUGCCAUCUACGGUCCGCUUCCCAACCCAGCCAAGAUGGAUCAAGAACUGUACGAAACUUAUGUUGGCCAAGAUGGAUUCCUGGUUAUAGAGAUGGCUAAACGAAUGGGCGAUGUCAAUGAUCUUCCUUGUCUGAAAGGCCCGAGCUCGGGCUGGGUGACCCGGCCUAGUAAAUAUACAAGAAUGGAGGCAAAAGCUGCUAUUGACAGAGAAACGUACCAAGAGAGGCUCGAAUUAGACAAGCGGGAGAGGUGGAUCAAGAAAUAUGUGACAAGGGAGGAGCAAGAUUAA